CUGUUUUGGCAACGUUGCAUUUAGAUUUUUCCAAGCCGUACGAGGGCGCUUUCAUUAAAAUUAAAAUUUUAUCAUUAAGAUACUCAUCUAUUGGUUUGGCCUCUUGCUCCAUCGCUGGAAUGGUUUAUACUAAUUUUUUUAUUGGGAAAAGUAAUAGAGUUAGGUUUUGUGCACAGACAUAAUGACAUUUUAGCCAUAGACCUUUCUCUAUGAUUUUAGCUUAAAUGCGUAGCUUUCUGUACCAAAUAGAGCAGAGACAAAGAAUUUCUUUGAAAGAAGUAAAAAUGGUGCGAGCUUGGUAUAUGGACAAUGAUACAAGUGAUCAAAGAAAUGAACACCAUAGGAACCCCCCUGUUUUUAUUGAUUUAAAUGUUCUUAAAGAUGUUUCAGGUGUAGAAUACUUUCAGUUAAAUUUGAAGACAUUUACAACAGAUGGUACUUUGGACAAAAUUAAAAGGGAACGAGGGUAUACUUAUGAAGAUGAAUUAACUUGCUCAAAGGAGUGUUUAGAAAAUUAUGAGGAAAAAUUGAAAAUUUUUUAUAAAGAGCAUUUGCAUACUGAUGAGGAGAUAAGGUUGAUUGUUGAAGGUUCUGGUUAUUUUGAUGUUCGAGACAUAAAUGAUGAUUGGAUUCGAAUUGAAGUAGUGCCUGGUGAUCUUUUAAUUUUACCCAGUGGCAUCUACCACAGGUUUACAAUGGAUAAUAAUAACUUUAUAAAAGCAAAGAGAUUAUUUAUUGGCGAACCAGUUUGGACAGCUCAUAAUAGACCUUCAGAUGAUAUAGAAUGUCGAAAAAAAUAUGUUGAAAAAUUAUCUAAAAUAUAACAGUUCAACACAAUUUCCCUCUUAUGAAAAAUUUUUACAUUUUUUGAAAAUAAAG